AAUGCUCCCUUCCUUUGGAUCUGCAAUGCUUCGUCUGGUAGCUAUUGAUGCUAUUUGAUUUGAGAGGAUCAAGCAGCUUUUGUUGUUUUAUUUUUCUGGUAUUGAGCUAAAACAGAACCACAGCAUCAUAAAUUAUGGACAAAAUGAUCGGAACUGACAGCACUCGACUACUAUCUUUCCCUCCCUCUAUAGAUUAUACCUGUCCCGAUAAGCCGGUGUUCACUCCGUCCUCACUGGUGGUGAAGUAUGGAGAUCCAGCCUUUGCCACGUGUGUAGCAUGCCAGUCUGACUGUGAUGAAAGUCUCGCUAAUUUGGAAGCCUCUGGAUAUAAAGAAAAAAAUGGAAGCACAUUAAAGUGGAAAGUUAGCAGCUUGACUGAAUGGAAGAGUGAUCCCAUCUGCUAUUAUAUUGAUCACAAUGGAACUCAGUGUUGUAGCACACUGAAGGUCACUCUGUACCAAAUGCCAACAAACGUGUCCAUCUCUGUUUUAAACCAUUCUGGGCCAAUGCUUGAGAAGAGUCAGUACAACCUUGUGUGUGAAGUAGGGGAUGUGGCUCCUGCUGAGAACCUGACUGUGACCUUCUACAGAGGACAGACAGAACUAGGCAAAGCACAGUACUCCAGAACAACUUCAAGGAAACCAGAGAAUGGCUCCUUCAGUCUCAGCCUUAACGCCACCAAAGAAGAUGAUGGAGCCCAGUUCUCAUGUGGAGCCAAGCUGGAACUAGGACCUGAAGGACCACAGCGCCCCUUAGUGGUCAGGUCACAGAGUCUCACUGCAACAGUCCACUAUGGUCCUGACCUGCAGGCAACAGUUAAUCCAGAUCAGAUCACAGUCAAGGAAAAAGGAACUCUCCGUCUGAACUGCUCGGCUGUGGGAAACCCCAACCCCUCAUACAUCUGGACUCUUCCAUUCAGGGGCCCUCACUUUAAUGACGGAGUUCUAACCAUUGAAACUGCAAGUUCUCAGCAUGAAGGGCAGUACAAUUGCACUGUCAGCAACAGUGUCAAGACAGUCAGUGUGCUUUUUAACGUGAAAGUCCAAAGUUUGGAGGCCACCUCCUCUGCGGCCCCUCAAGCAGACUCAAGCUUCACAACAGCUAGAAGCACUGUGACGACUCCUUCUGGACCAACAAGUGAUGUCACACCACAGUUCAGUUUACAGGUUCAUCAAAUCAUUCUGUGUUCUGUGAUUUUUGUCUCUUUACAGGCUUCAGCUUAUAGUUUGUAAACUGCUAACCCACAGGAGUGGAUUUACCACUAGCCAGAAUGCCUGUUGCCCCCAACACUUUGGGGCCCCUGAGCUGAGCACUUAACACAUACGGUAUAUGUAUGUAUAAAAUAAUGUCCACGCCUAUUACUAUUUAAAGUCCCACUCCAAUCAUCUUUUGACCUAUGGUAAAAGUGUUCCCAGUGGUCCUUUUAUGUUGUUUUUAGUCAAAAUAGAAAAAAAACUCUGUUGUUUUCUAGUUUCUGCAGAGCAGCAUUAGUUAAUUAGAAAUUCUGAGUUGUAGAUGGGACCAUUGGGGCAGAUUAACCCUGCCCACAUUUUCCAUCAUCCCUUUUGCAUCCCUUUGGAUUUUUGACACUGAUGCUAUCUAAAAGUGGCUAAUGAAGAAGGUCUUGGAUUUAAAAAAUGAUUAAUACAACCACUGCUGAGGGCCCCGUGUAAUUGUUCGCCUGGGGCCCCCAAACUACCAAGUCUGCCACUGCUAACACAUGUGUAAUGGAGGAUUAAGUACUUAACCUUAUGUUGAUGCCUAACCACUGGAAGGGAUCCUCCCUGACACCUGUGUGCUACGGUAAAACUCUGCUGACAUGGGUAAACUUUUAGAAGAAACAUAGUGUUUUGGUUUUGGGAUUAUUAGUGAGUCAUAAACUUUGAAAUGAUUCCUUCAAGAAAGAUAAGUUCUGGCAAAAUGUGAACAAAAUAACCUUCUUUCUUCCUACUUGAUGUCUUAACUGUUCCACCUGGUCUUGCACUGCUGACAUGCAACUUUCAGUUCAUAAAAGUUGAUGACUUCAUUUGAAGAAAAAAGCAGAAACCACGUUGUAAACUUUGUUUUUUGCUGCUCAAAUGUUAAACCUUUUUUUUCCCUUUUCUUAAAGUUUACAGAAAGAUUGUCUUGAAACUUUAUUCUAGUAACUCCAUCCGAAGCUUCUCAUAAAUAUCCGACAUUUUAAAUGCAAAAGAAGGAGAGACUGAUACUGAUGAGAUCCCAUUCGUCCCUGGCUCAUCAGCUGUAGCAAAGGAAGCAGCUUUUUGAGUUUUAAAAAAGGGGGGGGAGGCAUUUAAAAUAAAACUUUUGUGCAUUUAUGAAUGAGCUUUAAUGCUGGAAUUUUUAAAAGAGAAUUUAGAA